AUGGUGAUGUUUGACUUUGAACAAGUGCUCCACCUUGGAAGUCGUGACCAGUUCGAAAGUGCACACAUUGUCAGCUGCCUGUUCCACUGGAAGCACUUCUGGGACUACUUUGUGAAGACGCGGCGCGACACAUACGAUAUUUCGUGUUGGAAUAUCUCCGGGAUGAUGAAGGAGAAUCUCGAGAUAGUCAACAGGACUAACAAACCACUAGCGGCGUACAAUCGGAGGCUUCCAGACACCUUUGGAGCUCCACAUCCAAGCAUACUCAACUUUGUUGAUGUUCUAAACAAGAAGCCAAAAACUACCUCGACCAACUUGUCGACGUUCGACACCGCCGACAGCGACCCCCACAACAUGCAGCGCCAUGUAUAG